GGGCGCUGUCAUCGAAGGUGAAUUAUUCCGAGCUGUCAGAGAGUGUUAUGACUUUUAUAUGUGUUCGUGUGUUGUUCUUAUCUUAGCGACAAGAACAGUUUCUUGUUCAGAAACAUUUUAUUCGUACGAUCGUUGUGUAUCGUCAAGUCACGAGCUAGCUAUUUCUUUAUAGAGAAUUCUACUCUGUAGGCGAACGCAAUAAAGAGACAGUUCGCAUAUACAAUAAUGUCAUUUAACACACCUGCUGGCUACACGAAGACACGGUCAACGACGAUUCUAGCAAUACGACUACACUGUGUUAACUUCAGCUCAUUAACAACAAGUAGUUUGUAGCAGUUUAAUGACAAUUUAUAGUUAAUGCAGUCUAUAACAGCUACUUCUGUCUGUUCACAAAUACUUUGGCUCAUGUCCCACACCUAAUCAGUUUUAUUCAUGACAGUAUUACGGAACACACUAAUUCAGUUAGUGACUGGCGGAGCAUAAUUAGUAAAAAUAAUUUAUUGGGGAUCGAAUAAUAACGGAACUUAUAAAUAAUUCUUUUAAUGAAUACUUAAUCUAUUAAUCACUUAGUUUUAUUCUACAUGAGUUUGUCCUUUUUUGGUUUUUUUUUUUUUUUUUUUUUUGCUCCUUGGUGCAGUUCUGAAGUCUAACCUUCGUCACCAGAGAAGUUAAUACAUCUAUGCAUUUUCUGCCAUCGGAAAUUGCCAGCACUAUGUGACUCUUUGCCUCUUUUAUUCCUUGACCUCGGGUAAGAGCAAGAAGACCGUCAACCUUGAAGUGUGUAGCUGUGUGUAGCAGUAUUUGUUUGUAAUAAGUAUUUUGCUGUGCGUGUGCAGUAGCGUAUGCUGUGAGAUUUUAGUGCAAGAGGAAUGAGUGUGCGAGGUGAAGUACUACUCGGUUUUGCAUUAAUUUGAAUCAAUAAAAGUGUGUUUCAACUGAUACAAUGCACAUAGCCGUUUCCAAAACUGUGUCAGUUCUGUGCCUCCUCCUUGUGCCCUUCUGUUAUGGAGAAAACAGUGAAAGUAAAUCACAUGAAGAUGUACGACAGGAAAGAACCUUCAAAUCUUCGCAUUCCUCUGGAAACUUGUUAAGCAGAUCUAGUUCCCAUUCUGUCUUCAGUGAUUCAGACUCUUACACAGCUGGACUAGAAGCAGCUAUUGGUGAAAGCUGCAGUGAUGAUGAUGCUGCUUGUCUGACACAGGCCUCAGAGGAUCGUGUGGGUCUAGAGGCCAUACGUUCUUUGCAUAGGCAGUUGGAUGAUGAUGCAAAUGGGAAUGUAGAUCUCUCUGAAUCAGAUGAGUUUUUGAGAGAAGAAUUGAACUAUGCAGAGGGUCAUGAACGGAGGCAACAAGCAUUCCAUCGCAAUAAUGACAAGCAUAUCUCCGUGAAGGAAUUAUGGGAAGCCUGGAUUCGCUCUGAAGUUCAUAACUGGACUGCAGAGCAAACUGCUGAGUGGUUAGCAACAAAUGUUGAGUUACCACAGUACAUUCCGACAUUUAUUGUGAACAGAGUUACAGGAGCAACUCUGCCAAGACUAGCAGCUAAUAACAUGCAUUACUUAAGCAAUGUUCUGGGAAUUAAAGAUCCCAUUCACAAACAGAAAAUUGCACUAAAAGCUAUGGAUGUUGUACUGUUUGGCCCACCGAAAGAUUACAGCCAUGGAACAAAGGACAUCAUCCUCAUAACUCUUUUACUUGGAGCACUAAUUGGAUGUUAUUAUGCCUAUCACCAAAAUAAAAACUCUAAGAAACAUCUAAGACGCAUGAUGAAAGACAUGGAGAGUCUCCAUAAGGCAGAACUUGCAUUGGAUAAAUUGCAGAAAGAGCUUGAGCAAGCUAGGUUUGAACGGGCUUGUGUGACGACAGAGAAGCAGAAUCUGGAAAAACAACUACUAGAACAAGGUUGCGAUAAUCCUGAGAUGCGGACAUCUUAUUCUGAUCUUGAGGUUUCACAACUGAAAGCUGAAAUUGAGAUGUUGCGCAGAGAGCUUCAGAGAGCAGAAGGUGAAUUAGAAGAUCGUUGUUGGUCACCUCCAGUAGGAUUACAGCAGUGGUUACAACUUACUCAUGAAAUAGAAAAUAAGGCUUAUAUUAAGAAAAAGCUUUCAGCAGAGAAGCAACUUCAGCAAGCAAGAGAAGCAUGUGAGAAGCUUAGAAAGAAAAGGUCAAGUUUGGUGGGAGCUUUUGUAUCAACUCAUGGGAAAUCUAUAGAUGAUGUUGAUAGAAGCAUUGUGGAAGCAAGGACUGCCUUAAAUGAAGUUACACAGGAGCUGAAAGAACGUGUCCACCGUUGGAAGCAAAUUGAGCUGCUAUGUGGUUUUAAUAUUAUCAAUAAUAGUGGUCUCCAGUACCUGGAAAAUGUUUUAUAUAGAGGAACAGCAAAUGGAAAAGGAGGAUCCAGUGGUGGGCUACGAGGUCGCAUGGGUAGCAGCCACGAUGAUUUGGAUGAUGACUCUAGUUCCUUGUACUCUCCAUCUGCGGGUAUCGCAGACAAUAUGCAGUGGAAGGAAACAGGAGACUCAUCUGGCAGUGAGGCAGGAAAACAAGAACAGGAUGAUGAUUUCCAGGCUGAUUCUAGGAGUUUAGCUGGCAAUGUACAUUUUACCAUAGGCACUGACAGUUGGCCGGAAGAACAUACAAGUCGAAGUAAAUCAAGGUCCUCAAUGAUACGAUCUUACAGCCAGGAUACUAAUGUGCUCAUUGGUGACAGAGAGGGUUCAAUUGGUGCCAUUUCACAGUCAGAAACAUGCCUUGACUCAUCAGGAGCACACAGAAAGAUAAUUACUUCAACAAAGAGGCAGUCAAGAGAUCAGUUUGGAUCCAAUAGAGAAUAUAAUCCUCAGGACAGUUAUAAAGACGUUUCGUCACAAGAAAGUGUGAAUAGAGACCAGAUAACAUCAAGGGAGAACACUACAAGGGAAAAUACAAAAGAGCCGACGCCAUCCUUAGAUGAUGAAACCUACUCUACAGACUCAAAUUCUACACCCGAGGAUGACAGUCGUCGGAGAAAGCGCAAACCAUUUUUUUUCUCUACUCGUAAGCCGAAGAGCAGAAUGACUUGAAAAUAUUUAACAAAAAAAAGAAAACAAUUUUAUGUUGUUAAUUAUAAAGAAACAUGAAAAGGAAGACAGACUCAGUUCAUAUUUGGGAACUGUGUCCAUGUUUCUUGAGUUAGAGGAUAUAGGAGAACAUAAUCCUCUCAGUUGUACCAGCGUUGAACUUUUUGAGCUCCGGCUGUUUAUGAGAGGUAAAAGAUGCGUGCUUUAAUUAUUUAUGGUGCUGAACCUAUAACACUUAUACUGGAAACUGGUUUUUCAGGUAUAUUCUAUUUAAUUUCCUAUCUGACAAAACCUAAAUUCCCUCCUGGCUGCACAAAUAAUUUAGUAAUCUUACAAGGUAUAUGUGAUAUGUUAAACUGCAGAUUUUCAUUUCUUAAUCUGUCUUUUUCAUUUUUGUUGUAACUAUGUGAUUUUAAUCACUCAGGUGGAAUGAUAGUUAGUACUUAGGUUGAAAUUUUGCUAUCACUGAUAUAUCAGCAGCCAAUUAUCAUAAAUAUUUCUAAAUACCAGUAAAAGCAAUAUAGGCUUUAUAAUUUUGGUCGUGGCUGAGCAAUAAUAUUAAUGCAGGUGUUUCUACCUAUGUUUAUUUAAAUAAUAUUGUUUGCUAUUUUUAUUAAUUUAGACAUUUAUUUUAAAUCAGAUAAUUCAUCAGAACUCAUAUGCACAUAUUUAUUGCCAGUGAAAUAUUGAUUUUUGUUCUUAGUUCAUGCACAGUUUAAGGUACCUCUUAUUUAUUUUCUUUUUAGAAUGCACUCUGAAGCACAGGGGUCUGUAAAUAUGGUAAAUGAAAUGAAAAUUCAUGUGAACUCUUGUUGAAAAUAGUUUUUGAUGAGCCACAUAUGAAUACUGAUGAAAGUUUAUUUUACUUUUAAAACUAUGGCAGCAUAUUCAGAAGAAGCCAAAAAAUUCUGAUAAUUGUUGAAACAGUAUUAGAUUUUCAUUUUGUACUUACUUUUUUACAAAACAAAUUUUUUGGGCAGAGUUUUCUGAUCGGUUACUCAUUCACAGGUAUGCCAUUUUACUUUUACUAUGUAAGAUGAAUGUAAGUUACACUUUGUGUAACAAGUUCUCAUUUAUGUAUUUAUUGUUAACACUCUUUCAUGGAGGAAAGAAAUCUUUCCUGUGAACUACUUAGAAGUUAGUGCUGGUAAAUGUUUACCAAAUGCUUCCGGUAUUUAACUAUUGAGAUAGGAAUGCAUUUCUUAUUCUGGAUCUGUUACAAGGAAUGUUUAUAAUCUUUAAUAUGUCUGCCAUUGACUUUUCCUUCACAUCCAUCCCCAUUCCCCCUUCCAUGUCUCCCCCUUCCCCCCUCUCUCUCUCUCUCUCUCUCUCUCUCUCUCUCUCUCUCUCUCUCUCUGUCUCUGUCUCUGUGUGUGUGUGUGUGUGUGUGUGUGUGUGUGUGUGUGUGUGUGUGUGUGUGUGUGUGCGUGCGCGCGCAUGUCUAUGGACACCUAAGUGUAAUGUAUGUAUUCUUGCACUUUGUGUUUUCUAGUUUUAUGUAACGCUGUGUGUGUGUGUGUGUGUGUGUGUGUGUGUGUGUGUGUGUACAAUUCAUACUUGCUGUAUGCAUCUCUUGCACCAUGUCACUAAGUUGAUAGUACUUUCAUAUUAAUUUCAUAGCAAAUGUUGUAAAGACCAGUACGAAGUUGAUCUCUUUGUGUUGGAGAUUUUUCCUUAUUGCCAUUCCCUAAGUGUUAAAUAAAUUUUGUGACUUGUAUUUUAGAUUUUGAGGUGGUAUGUCUUCCAUGUGUCGUGAUAGGUGAGACCUUUUUUUUUUCCUUCCACUCAUCAAUAAAGGAAGUUUUAUAAAAACUGACUGCAAGUAUUUUUUGUUGUGGUACAAAUUUAUUUGUAAAUAUUGUAAUUGUUUGUAGGUUACAUUAUGACUGUCUAUUGAAAAUAAAAUUGUACGAAUAAUUUUUAUAUGCAGCUGCUGUACAUCAAAAUAAAAUACAAAACUUUUGGUAUAUGGUGUCACAACAAUUCUGAAGUCUUCACUUGGAUUAAUAAUUUAUAACUCAGAUAUGCAAGAGUAGUAGUUCUCACCUUGUGACUCUGUAACUGAAUUUCAGAUAAAUUUGUAUCAACUAGAUUGCAGAAAGUUCCAAGAAGCAGCGUGUGUGUGCUUUCAUAUGUUCCUCUUAUAAAAACUGAAUUUGUGUUUUAAAGAUAUUAUGUUCCUAUAGAUGAUCACCCAAGUUCAUACGUGUGUAUAUAUCAGUACUUAUAUUGAAAGUAUAUGUUAAUUUCUUUCAUGUGAAUGCUCAUUUUUGAAGAGAAUGCAGUAUGAUUUGAUAUUACAGACUCAUUGGAAAUUUGAAUGGACCCAUAGAAUUGGAUUUAUCUGUGUCUGUAAGUGACUUGUUUAAAAAAUUGUCAUCACAAUUGAUUGGAACAUAUCUACAAAAAUAAAAUCAGAAUACUUCCAGAAAACUA